UUUUUGUGAGGCUGAGGCGUCCUCUGGCGGCAGGAGGAAGUCUCUGUCUCCGUUAUAUUUUGACGUUUCCGUCUCCGGCGGUCGGACAUAUUGCUUACAGGAGCAAAUCUCUAAAGCUACAAGAGAGAAAGGAUUUAUUUUUUUUUUAUAAAGAAAAACAACAAACUGAUUUAUAAUCUUCCCGUCUUGAUACAACUCAGACUACACAACACAGGACACGAUGGAGCCGUCAGCCAGUCCGGCCAAAGAUAACUACAGGAUGAACCGCUACAAGAACAAAGCACUGAACCCAGAGGAGAUGAGGCGCAGGAGAGAGGAGGAGGGCAUCCAACUCAGGAAACAGAAACGAGAACAACAGCUUUUCAAGAGGAGGAACGUGGACAUUCUCAAUGAAGAGGAAGCCAUGUUUGAGAGUCCUCUGGUGGACUCCUACCUCAGCUCCCCAGUAACAGAAGGAGUCAUUACCAGAGACAUGGUUGAGAUGCUUUUCUCAGAGGACCCCGAGCUUCAGCUUGCCACAACACAAAAGUUCAGAAAACUACUUUCCAAAGAACCCAACCCACCAAUUGAUGAAGUUAUACACACACCUGGAGUAGUGGAGAGGUUUGUGGAGUUCUUGAAGAAGAGUGUCAACUGCACACUACAGUUUGAAGCAGCUUGGGCACUGACCAACAUAGCAUCAGGCACAUCAAUGCAGACGAAGACGGUGAUCGAGGCUGGAGCUGUGCCAAUCUUCAUAGAACUACUUAACUCCGACUUUGAGGACGUUCAAGAACAGGCUGUGUGGGCCUUGGGAAAUAUCGCAGGGGAUAGCGCAGUGUGCAGGGACUACGUGCUGAACUGUAACAUCCUUCCACCACUAUUAAUGCUUCUGACCAAAUCCACUAGAUUGACCAUGACAAGGAACGCAGUGUGGGCUCUGUCUAAUCUCUGUAGAGGAAAAAACCCUCCACCUGCUUUCGAAAAGGUGUCACCCUGUUUGCCCGUGCUAUCCAGGCUUUUAUUUAGCAGUGACCCAGACUUGCUGGCAGACGCCUGCUGGGCCCUGUCCUACCUCUCAGAUGGCCCCAAUGACAAGAUCCAGGCUGUCAUCGACUCCGGAGUCUGCAGGCGCCUCGUAGAGCUACUCAUGCACACGGAGUAUAAGGUGGCGUCCCCUGCUUUGAGAGCUGUAGGAAACAUCGUCACUGGAGAUGACAUCCAAACACAGGUGGUGUUGAACUGCUCCGCCCUGCCCUGCUUGCUGCACCUUCUCAGCAGCGCUAAAGAGUCCAUUCGCAAGGAGGCAUGCUGGACCAUCUCAAACAUCACAGCAGGAAACCGAGCACAAAUACAGACGGUAAUUGAUGCCAACAUCUUCCCAGUUCUGAUCGACAUUCUCCAGAAAGCAGAGUUCAGGACCAGGAAAGAGGCGGCCUGGGCCAUCACUAACGCCACCUCUGGAGGAACACCAGAACAGAUCAGAUAUCUGGUGAACCUGGGCUGUAUUAAACCCCUGUGCGACCUGCUGACGGUGAUGGACUCUAAGAUCGUCCAGGUUGCUCUGAACGGGCUGGAGAACAUCCUGAGGCUGGGCGAGCAGGAGGCCAAGCAGGAGAACAACGGCACUGGAGUUAACCCUUACUGCAGCCUCAUUGAAGAAGCUUAUGGUCUCGACAAGAUAGAGUUUCUCCAGAGCCACGACAACCAGGAGAUCUACCAAAAGGCCUUCGACCUAAUCGAGCACUACUUCGGGGUGGAGGACGAGGACAACAGUCUAGCCCCUCAGGUGGACCAGGCCAACCAGCAGUUCCUUUUCCCGCAGCAGGAGGCCCCCAUGGAGGGUUUCCAACUAUAAGUCAGCACCGCUCCCCUCUAAAAUACACCAUUUACCCCCCUCCAUACCUCCACAUCUCAUGGAGGGCCGCUAGAUGCCUGAGUCAUACCUUUUACUCGCCACUACCCCCCCACCACCCCCAACCUAACCAAACACACACCCACUCUGUGGAGGAAAGCUAAAACUGUCCUGCUCUCCAGCCUAAAAAAAACUGCCUCCCCCCCUCCGACCACCUUUUCUUUCUCCUCAACCAGUGGGACUGACUUCUUACAGGGCAGACUCGCGUGUUAACCCGGCUAAGCAGAGCGCGCCACACAAACUCCUUUUACGCUGUAGAAGAGGAAGUGAUCUCACGGCUCAAAGUGUGAGUCUGCCCCAGCUUAAAACGCACACACACAGACAUCUUCCUGCCAUUUGAUAGCUCUUAGAUUCUCUCACUGGCAGUAACGGCGGUUUGUCGGUCAAUAUCUUUAUACAUUUCUUUUCCAAAUGGGACAUUCCUAUUUUCAGGAUUACCCAUGCAGAGUCCACAGACUGGGGUGCAUGAGGUGAAAUACGCCUAGCUCUUGAUGUCAGUUUGACUUCGUGCAAUUCAAAGAGAGAAAAAAAACUUGUAACACAAGUCCCCUUUUUGUUUUCCAGUUCCCCCCAAAACCUUAUUUAUUGGCUCCUUUUUCUUUUCUUUUUAAAUUUGUGAUUUUUUUUUCUUUUUCAUGAUUGGCUUAGGGCCGGUCUGCUGUGCAGGAGGAGGUUUAGGGGCAAAAAUGUUCACCCAAAGUUAAGGGCUUUCUGCUGCCCUGAGUCUGAUGCGCAGACUAAGAAGUGUUUGAUUUUCUUUUUUUUCAUCAAAAAAAAUUUUUUAAAGUGCAAAAAAUUUCAGGGGAGGCUUGAGGUUCAGAAGAAGUGUUAAAAAAAAAAAAAAGAAGAAGAAGAAAACUACCUGACCUUAGGAAAGGCGUGAGUGAGAUAUUGGAAAAGGGAUUGGGUUUUUUCUUUCAGAGGAUAAAAAUGCAUAAAAAAAAAAAAAAACUAGGAAAAAAAAAAUCCAGGUUUCGAGGGUGGUAUAGUUAGAGAUCCAAUGUUCGUCGUGUGCUGUGUUAUUAAUAACAAUACAUUUGAAUUAUGAAGUGAUCUAACUAUUAAACGAGGCAUAGCUGUGGGGGGGAGUUUGGGGGGGAAAGAGCCGGCGGCGGCAGCAGCAGCAAACCAAACUUAUUUUUAUAUUGAAAUGAAUUAAUGGGAUUGCAGAUGUUUUAAAGUAGGGUGACAUACCACUGUGCGGUAGAGACACGUCACGGGAACGCAACAUUGCUAGCUGAUUUCAUUGAAGCCCGGUUUGUGUAAAAAAAAAAACGUGUUGCUGCUGGUUAGCUCGGCGCUGCGCUCCCCCCUCUUUCCCAGAUGUAUGUAGUAGGGAUUUUGCAUGGUGUUAUAUUACCCUGCCUACAGUCACGGAGUAUCCCUGGCCAAACACGGAGAGAGAUAGAGAACAAACAGUGUGAAGACAAAAUGGAGACACUGCUGCACGCUGCUCGGCGUCGGAGUUAAAAAUCAGAAAGCGGACCACGGCUACUUGGUUUGGUGAUGUUAACAGUGAUAGUGUAGUGGUGGUGGUGUUCUGUAUAGUGGUAGAGUUGAUAUAUAACCUAUGGCAUUCUAUAUCACGAUAUUUUUGAGGAAUGGGAAUGACAACUGUUAAUGAUUUUGCAUGGGUCCAUUGUGAUAUGUAUAGGUAUCAGUGUAAAUAGCCUAUCCUCUGCCAGGCUGGGAAAAGUCCACGCCGCUUCUACGUCCUCCUCGCGGAGGCGAAAAGAAAAAAAGUUUGGCUAGGGAUAUAUCUCAAGACUAGUGACAAGCCUAACUGCAACAAAAAAUUCAAGUAUAAAUAUAUUUGGAUUUUGAUGUAUUUGCAUUAUAUAUAAAUAUAUAUAAAUAUAUAUUUCCGCACACUUCAUGCACACUUGCAUACAACACCAGCAGACACUGUACACACACCUCACACAGAUGAGUGGCUAGCAGCAAGUAAAAAUGUUUCCAUGGGCUUUGGGAUGAAAAAUAGUAAUUAGUCUUUUGUUUUAUUUUUUAAUUUGAGCUUUUCUCCAAGUGUGGAAAUUGCCAUUUUGGGCUUUUUUUGUUUUGUUUUGUUUUUUUGGUUCCCGAGCACUUCGUACAUUUUCUUUCUUUAUGAAAAUGUUGACCUUAGUUCAGUUUUAAUGAAGAUUUUUAGUUUUAAGUGAGACAAUGAAAAUAGGUGUUGCCGGAAGUGAUUCGGAGCACACGUUAAAGGCUCAUGGAAACUUUUUGUUUUUGUUUUUUUUGGUUGUUUCUAGCCACAUGACUUAUGAUGGUUUAAAAUGAGCCCUGUAAACCAUGACCUCGGAUCAGCUCUGCCCGCGACAGGAGCUGAUCUCGGGUCAGGGUUUAGGCUUUGUGGAUGGAGCAGAACUGUGAUCGUGUGAUGUUUUGACUGACGGGCACUGUGUGAGGAAGAGGUUGAUUGACUCUAUGACUAUGUCCCCAUCAGAGUCUGGGAGCCACUGUUCUGUGGAUGACUGAAGCAGCCCUGACAUGAGAUCAUGUAAUCAUAAUUAUUUUACUCUGGAUGAGUUUGUUAAAUACUGUUUAUACUGGGAUAUACACUUUGAUCAAAUAUUUUUUUCUUUUCAUAUGAAGACAUCCUUUAAACAUUUAACCUGAUUUGUCUGUGCAGAAUAUUAUGACAUAAUCUUAAUUGAAAAUAUCUCCAUAUAGCUUUUCAUUUUUGCCUCAUGGGGGUUUGAGUCGUCAUCCACAGAACACGGUGUGCUCCUGACAGACAUAAAGAGUUGAAAUCAUGAAUAAUUGAGCAUCAAGAACUAACCUCUACAUGACAGAUGUGUAGAGCAGCAUUUACAACUGAAGUCUUCGAUUUUACGGCCAAUUCUGUGCUUGGCCUACGAAUAAUGCCAGAAUUGCAAUGUUUAAAAAAGAAAAGAAAAGAAAAAAGAAGACAUGGAAGAAUCAGUGCAUCAACCAGGAAAAAUAUUUAUAUUUCUGAAAAAUGAAAAUGCACUCCUAUUCACAAAAGUGCCAAUCCGACCAACAAAGACUGGAGGUUCUUAUGUAUCUGUCUUUGACUUACAGAUUAUUUUUUCUUUAUAUCUUUUUAUUUACUUGAAUGUGCACACGUUUUGUGCAGAACAUUGCUGCUCUAUUUUCCUUAUCUUUAAAGUUACAUUAUUUGCCAUUGUUUCUUUGGAAAAGUGGCAUUCUUUACUGUGGGCACCUAAAUAAGGAAUUGAAUUAAGGCAGUGUAAUUGUCUGGGCCGGCGGGCGGGCGGGUAGGGGGUGAAAUUACUUGAUUUAAUUGCAUAGAACUGGUCUUUUCCAGCUACCUGUUGUCCAUUGAUGUGAUGGUCCCCACUAUUGCAGUCUUCUAAUGGUUUUCACUGUGUGUAGCUAAGCUGCAAAAAAUGAUUUCACGUGGCGAAUACAGUAGAGAGAAAUAUUUAGCAUAUUCUUGAGUUCGCAGCCUGUAGCCACUUCUCUGCGUGGAAAAAAAAGAAACUGCGCUGAUUAUAAAAAUUGAAGUAGAUGUGGCACAUGAUGCAAGUUAAGGAAAUGUAAGCGACUAUCAUAGCAGACAAUUGCAGGUACUAACCUUAUUGUCAUAGUUUACCAAAGUUUUCUCACCCUGAACACUGGUUGAAAAUCUGUACCACUUGUUUUCAGUAGUUUAAUGUAAUUGGCUCGUGUUAUAACCCAGUCAGUACGACUGAGAGAUCGCUCCAGGCCAUUUAAAAAAAACUUGCUUCUUUUCAUUAGAAGCUGCAAUAGCUCAGUUCCUCUCUUCUCAUUUUCUUCCUCAAAUUCACGUACUGUUUAGUGAGUUAGAAAAAUCUGCAAAUGAAUCCAGAAGACUGCAAUAAAUAUUGUCCAAAAAUCAGGCACCCCAGAGGCAAAGAUCCACCUACAAACUGCUCUCACAGGUGACACUCCUUCCACUGGGUGGAGCUAACAGAGGCAACUACCUGACACUUUUUUUUUUUUUUUUUUUUCUAAGAUUAAAAAAAUCUGGGAUUCAGAAAUUGCGCAGUGAUUUACAUUAAAAAGUAUUAUAAGUUAAACUAUAUGUAUGUUCUGAUACAUUGACAGGGAUUCAGAUGCAAUUCUAAUCACUUCUGAGAAGUGGAGAAAAAGCCUCAUUAGAACACGUCACAGGAGAAAUGAAAUACUAAAAAAAAAAA